AUGGGCUCUUGCCCUCGGGACUAUACCAGGCAUGGUAGGACAAAAGUAGACCAGUCUUCUGUGCGUAGGAGCUUGUAUCUCUCUCUGGGCAAAGACUAUAUGAAAAGUUCCACCACCAAUAAUAAGGUAUCCAAAGAGUCUUCGUACCAACCUUUGCCACCUAUUGUAUCAAGUCACCAGAUGCAAAAAAGGAGAGAUUUCAAGGUGAAAGGGAUUCAAAGUGGAAGUCAAGCAGGAAACAUCCACUUGAAACUCCCUAAGGAUGCCAUGCCACCGUACAAGGAAAGCAGGAUCUCCAUUACUGCUGGUGACUUCAAGCCAUCACCUCCAAAGGAGCCCUCAAGAAGGACAGCCCCCCACCCUAAGUUACAUAAAGUUAAGAUGCUGGAACAGCCAUCACAGCCUCCACCUAGAAAAGCCUCCCUUUCAAAGGCAUUUAAAAUGGUUUCUAGUGACGAAGGGCGUCAGAAGAUUGAAGGCCUUAAUAUCAUUCAAAAACUCUCAGUAACAAAACCACAGCUGCUACAUGCUAAUCUAAAGGAUAUCAAAGAAGCUGUGAAUAAGGAGGUAUCAAACAUAAGGCUGGAUGUUACUGUGGCUGCAAUCAACUGCCUAGAGAGCUUGUUCUGUCAGCUGAAAAGCAGCAUGCUUGAUGACCAGGAUGAAUGUCUCUUGGGGCUGCUGCUGAAAGCUGGAAUAUCAACCUCCACUAUAAUAAGGAAAGUGGAGAAGGCCCUUUACACAGCACUCGACUCUUUGACACCCGAAUGUGUGCUGGCUAAUUUCCCCACUAUUGCACUUAUAAACACCAAUGAUGGAGUAAGGGAAUGUGCUGCCAAAUUCUUACGCCUGUCAGUGGAGCGAAUGGGAGCAAGUCACAUUCUGUGUGGUGCUUGGGAUGUCAAGAAAAAGGUUCUUCCAGCCAUUUCCACUUUGGUUGAAGAUUCUGUUCCAGAGGUCAGACAGCAUGGACUCAUCCUGCUCAAAAAUUUCAGGAAACACCCCAGCUUCCUUGACAUGAUGAUGAAAUAUGAUUCACCAGAAAAUAUGGCUGCCAUAAUAAAAAUAAUCUUUGAAGAGAGAGCGCCAAAAAAAACAGCUCCAAAGGAGCCAUGUCAAUCAGAGGCAGUGCGGCAACUUUUGACUUUGUCAGAAAAUUUAAGUGAAAUGUCUUUGUUUAGACAUGAAAUUCCAGGAAGUCUGUGUGGAUGGUCGUAG